GCCUAACACGCUUAUGAGUGAAUUCCUUUUCCUCCCUCCCAACUUGUCCAACUACAGAAACCAAAACAUUAUUGACUCAAACAUGAAAUUUACACCUUCCUUUUUGGGAUGUUUCAAUCCCUCCACGCCUAAGUUUACUGAAGAAACUGAUAAUGACUAUGUUAAAGAAGAAGAAGUAGGUGUGACAAACGUUCCGCAUCCAAAUUUUCGUGUAUUCUCCUACGACGAACUCAGAGUCGCGACUCAAGGAUUCAAGAACAAGAUCGGAGAGGGUGGAUUUGGUACUGUUUACAAGGGGAGGCUGAUUGGUGACAGAUUCAUAGCUGUGAAAGUUGUAUCUGUGGAGGUUGAAUCGAUGCGCGGUGAGAGGGAGUUCAUAUCUGAGAUCGCAGCAUUAUCCGACAUCAAGCAUGACAACCUCGUGACUCUCAAAGGUUGCUGCGUAGAUGGAGCACAAAGACUUCUGGUCUACGAUUACAUGGAAAACAACAGCCUCGCGCAAACAUUUCUAGGGGCGGAGCAAAAGAGGGAGAGGUUCAGUUGGGAGCUGCGGAAGGGGGUGGCUUUAGGCGUCGCGAGGGGGCUUUGGUACCUCCAUGAACAAGUCAAUCCUCACAUCAUCCACCGCGACAUCAAGGCCAGCAACAUUCUUCUUGAUGCCGACUUCACUCCCAAGCUGGCCGACUUUGGCCUCGCCAAACUCUUCACGGACAAUGUUUCCUACAUCAGCACCCGCGUUGCUGGAACACUAGGCUAUCUGUCUCCGGAAUAUGCCUACAGUGGCCACCUCACCCGCAAAUCGGAUGUCUACAGCUUCGGAGUGCUGCUGCUAGAGAUAGUCAGCGGCCGCCAAGUCGUUGAGUACCACGUUCAACACGGAGAACAGUUCCUCGUUGACAAGGCAUGGGAACUGUACAAUGCCAAAAGCCUUUUGAUGUUGGUGGAUUCUCAGCUCAAUGGAGACUUCCCCGAAGAAGAAGCCCUUCGAUUUUUGAGAGUCGGGCUGCUGUGUGUGCAGGAGAUUGCCCGGCUCCGUCCUGCUAUGUCUGCGGCCUUGAAAAUGCUCAAGGGUGAGAUGAGUACAGAAGAUGUUGACAUUUCCCAGCCUGGCCUUGUUUCUGAUUUGAUGGAAGUUAAAAUACGACGACGUGUUUCAUCAAACUUUACUUCUUCCCCGGCAUCCAGCAGUAACAGCAGUUUCCAAGCGCGAUAACACAAGUCAUCGAAAAAUAGGAAUUCAGUUGCAAAUACAGUACAUUUUUGUACAGAAAGAGAUGUGUAUCACUUUUGUCUUCUCUUCGCUUGUAUUACUCUGGUUUAGUACAAAUUACAGUUCAAUUUUUUUUUUAA